UGCUUUUUGCCACACAGGUAGUAUCUUUGAAAAUAUGUGUAAUAUGUAAAACAUUUUGACACCCCCAUAAGAUUUUUCCAGAAUUAACAGUAUAAAUUGCUUCUCUCGUUCAAGAGCUUUCUAUCAGCCUCUCUAACCACUACUCACAGUAACCUCAACUCCUGCCACAAUGUACAAAAUUCAACUCUUGUCUUGCAUUGCACUGACUCUUAUACUCGUCACAAACAGUGCACCUGCUUCAAGCUCUACAAAGGAAACACAGCAACAGCUGGAGCAAUUACUGCUGGAUUUACGGUUGCUUUUGAAUGGAGUUAAUAAUCCUGAGAAUCCCAAACUCUCCAGGAUGCUCACAUUUAAAUUUUACGUGCCCAAGAAGGCCACAGAAUUGACACAUCUUCAGUGUCUAGUAGAAGAACUCAAACCUCUGGAGGAAGUGCUAUAUUUAGCUCAAAGCAAAAACUUUCACUUGAAUCACAUCAAGGAAUUAAUGAGCAAUAUCAAUGUAACAGUUCUGAAACUAAAGGGAUCUGAAACAAGAUUCACAUGUAAAUAUGAUGAUGAGACAGCAACCAUUGUAGAAUUUCUGAACAAAUGGAUUACCUUUUGUCAAAGCAUCUUCUCAACGUUGACUUGA